AUGGGCGUGCUUAGUAUAUUGAUCAGAGGCUUGGGCGUCUGUAUCUUUGUCUUGGUGGCUUUGGCUGUCCACCGAUGCUGUUUCCACCCUCUCCGCCAGUUCCCCGGGCCUUUUCUCGCUUCCAUUACCAAUCUCUGGAAAGUCCAGCAGGUCCUUGGCGAGCACUAUGAGGACACCCUCUUGUCUCUCCAUAGGCGGUACGGCUCAAUCGUUCGCAUCGGUCCUAACCAUCUGAGUGUGAGCGACGGUGGGGCGCUCAAGUCAAUAUACGGGGCCGGGCGUUCUUUCGAAAAGGGUCACUUCUACGACGCUUUCACCGCCCUGAGACCAAACCUCUUCGGCGCACGAGAUGAAGAGGUCCAUUCCGCACGACGAAAGGCGGUCGCGUACAGCUUUUCGAUCCAGUCCGUGUCGAGCAUGGAAAUCUACAUGGACCAGUGUAUGGAAAAGUUGAUGAAACGCUUGGACCUAGCGGCCAAGGACUCCGAGACAAUCGACUUGAAGCACUGGAUUUCCCUCUUCGUGAUUGAUGUUCUGGGUGAGCUUGCUUUCUCACGCUCGUUCGGGGCCCUCGAAAAGGGAGGAUCAGAUAUCCUCGAAAGUCUACGGACCCAUGUGAAACUGGCCAUGGUGUCGGGGCAGAUCCCCUGGGUCAUCCCUUAUGUGCAGAAAUACCUCCAGAACGUUCCAAUACGCAAGAUCCGUGACAGUAUCUCGGGGCGACAGUUGUUACGACUUAGGGCCAUCGAUUCCGUCAACGCCCAACUGAAUCUUCCCCGAGAUCGCAGAGAUCUGCUCGAGCGGCUGCUCGAAGAGUUAGACUCCGGCACCGACUCGAAAGGCAGAACCUUUGACUUGGUGGAUGUACAGACCGAAGCUUUCGGCUUCAUCAUCGCAGGGUCGCAUACUACCGCAGCCAGCACGACACUGCUCCUCUGGCAUCUGCUCCACAACCCUGCGAAGCUUGAAAAACUCAGAAAUGAGAUAGACACCGUCCUCACCCCUACCAAUUCCUCCAUCUAUCCGUUCAGCUCCAUUUCAGACCUCGCCUAUCUUGACAGCUGCAUAAGCGAGGGGUUUCGAAUCAAUCCGGUCUUUGUGAUGCCACUGAUACGAGUGGUACCGCGAGGUGGACAAGAGAUCGCGGGCUCUUUCGUUCCUGGCCACACAGACGUGAGCAUUUCGAACUACGUUCUGCAUCACAACGAGAAGGUCUUUGGCCCGCGUUUAGAAGAGUUUUGCCCAGAAAGAUGGCAGGAUGCAGACUAUGACAAGGCCAAAUAUCUGAUGCCAUUUGGCUCCGGCCAUCGCGCUUGCAUAGGACGGAACAUUGCGACGAUGGAGAUCCGAAAACUGAUUGUCAGUCUUCUUGCGAAUGAUGUUCUUCGUCGGCACAUAAAAGAUCACCACGAUGGUGCCAGCGAAGGAUCAGACAAUUUCAACACGUUUACGGUGCAAGACAGCACUAUCCAGAAUGUCGAGCAGUGUUCGGGCCCAGGGCGUUACGACCAUCCGCUGGGGGUUUUCGGACAAGACGUUCAGCGGUCUCUUAUGAAUUUGCAAGCCAUUGACGCUUCUCCCGAGCUAGAUCGGUAUGACCUGUGUGGUAGCCUGGCUCCCUUUGAGGCUUACGACUCCGGAUUGAGUCAAUUUACAAUGUCGAUUGCUCAGAACAGCGGGGUUGUGGACUCUGCCUCCUCUCGUCACGGCCGUCCAACGUCCAGCUUGGGUAGCUACAAAGCCUCCGAAGACUCCAUCUACGCAGAAUUCUUAUCGGGGCAGUCCAAUGAGCCCAGCAUGCUUGACAUGGCUCCCUGGACCUCUCUUGGUCUGGAUGACAGCCUGAGCUCGACAUCUCUCCCUCCCACGGCCGAUCUCGGCGUAGACCAACUCGAACCUUUAAACGGCCACGAAACUACUCGGCUAACGGAGGAUUUCUUAUGGUUGGAAUGGGCCUGUCAGCUUCAGCACGAACGGGACGUAUAUGUUUCGCCGCCAUCGGAUUCGAUACGCGACCGUUCGAUGCUGCUGCCUCACCACAAUGGGCGAGUCGAUGCAGCCGACCGGCUGCCGGCAGAAUGUUCACGAGUCGAUAGCCUUGCAACAUCAAUGACAUACAGUGACCUGCAGUCGAAGCAGACCACGAUAGCCCCCGAGAUGGCUUUCGCCGCAUCCGCAAGACAGAUUGUUGGAAGUCAACGUCUUUGGCCGUCCGACGCCAGGCUAGAAGACCACCUAUUGUGCCCCAAGUGGUGGAACCACAUCAUUGUCGAGUGCACAGGAAAUUUGUUCUCCAUACAAGACUCCAGUGCAAGGAAAAGGAGUCAGCCAGUGCAAGCGCUUGAUGCCACGUCUUAUUGUGGCUUCGACCGCGAAUGUCGGUCACGACUUGUCCGGAAGUUGGAACUACAACACGGCGGCCAAAAUUCCUCGGGCUUGCCGGACGUCCCAUUUCCAUCUUCAGAAGUCCUAGCAGUGAGUUUGAACCUCUACUUCCGCCACUUUCACCCGCGAAUGCCCUUUAUCCACCGUGCCACUUUCCGGGCCAGCACAUGCGACGAGAGCGUCCUCCUUGCCAUGUGUCUAGUAGGUCUCACCUAUCUCGAUGACAAGGACGCACACAGAUGCGUGGGGCUGUUGUUGCCGGCCGCUGUUCGGAGAUGCAGGAAAGGGUUGGGUUCGAGCACAGAUUGGGAGAGUAAGCCGUCUCAGCUUCUGGCUUACCUAGCUUCCGCCAUGCUCCUGCUGUGUGUCUCACGCAUGACACCGGCCAAAUUCUUUGACGGCUGUGUACGGAUGAUGUACUCUGAAGCCAUAUCGCUGGCCCAACGCCACAGCCUUUUUCCCGUAAGCAGUGGCGAUGAUGCCUUGCAGGCGUUUCAAAACACCACCAACGGCCAGGAGGAAUGGGAGGCGUGGGCCCGCGUCGAAAGCAUCAAACGACUAUGCGUGUGCUUGUCAAUGGGCGACGCAAUGUUCUCUCACGAGUACGAAAGAAAACCGAUCCUUCACUUCGAACUAGCCAAGUACGUUGCCCCUUACAACAUUGCAUCUUUCGACGCUCCGGACGCAGACGCCUGGCGCAAUUCAUUACAUGGUUCGCAGAAGGAGGUGAGACUCCAUGUGUUGAGUCUGCCGCGCUCGACCGGAGACUACGAAAUGCAUGGCCUCUUCGCGAUUUGUUGGGCUCUGAUAUCAAAGGGCCGGCAUCGUCUCUCGGCACUUGCAGACGAGCACUCUCCGUAUGUCGACUCUGCAAGAGCACUCUCCCAGGAUCCUCAGAUCCGAGUUGCGGUCAAGGUGUUGUCGGCGGUCCAUGGUUGCUACAGAGGCAUAUUCGACUCGCUGAAUCCCAACUGUCUGGUUUCCUGGCACAACACCUGCAUGAAUCUCACUGCAGAUCGAUUUCUAUUCCAAGACGCCGCCGGAAGAAACGGACUCGCUCGUGCGAAAGCCGCCCUCAAAAUUGUCACACAGUGGUCUGAAACCGCCGCCGCUCGGCGAGCAUGCCUGCACGCCGCACAAACGUUCCGACUCUUGAGUCGUCGAAGCAUCUCCGAUGGCAUGAUGUUCCAAUCCGAAACUGCUUUGUUCGAGUCCGCCUUGGUUCUGGGACUCUACUCAUACGUGAGACCACAGACUCAGCGAGACAGUGGGCCUUGCGAACAGUUUGAGCUUCUGAGCGACGUGGACUGGACCGACAUUGGUGGGCUUGGUCUGAGCUAUUCGGACGAGGACGGACUCGUGACGAAGAUGGUUUCUGGAGAAUCUCCAAGCAGAAGAUUCAUCCGAGAUGGCCUCCCGGUGUCCUUCGAAGGCGUUGCUUGUUCCGGAGGUUUUCGGUCUGCCCAACAAAUCUUCCUCGCCUUCUUGACCCUGGUGAGACAAGUCGCAACGUGGAAUGCCGAGAGAUAUUUACCAAUUCUUCGGAGCUUGAGCUUUCGCCAGCCGUAG